AUGGCGGCAGCUUCAGUCCUCUUCUCCGCCGCGUACGCGCCAGCGCAUCGCAUCGGUGCCGUGCCAGCGCUGCGCCGCCCGCUGGCCGCUCGCGUGCCACCAGCGCUCCUCGACGGCAGCGCGGAGGAUGGUGCCGCAUUCUCAGCCGCCGCGCAGCUCGGGCGAGAGCCUGGGACGUGCGACCCAUACGACCCCAAAAGCGCCGAGUACUGCUCUCCUCCAGAGCCUGCGCCGUCCUCCCUGAAGCGCACCAUCCGGCUCGGCGUUCUCUUCUUCCUCUGGUACUCGCUAAACACGGUCCGCACCCCGCCGCCGCCCUCCGGCCGGUUCCAGCGCCGGUGCCGGUGGGUCCCGCUCUUCUUUGGCUUCCCGUACGUGUUUCUUCUCUGGAGCACGGGGCUGCGCAAGACGCCAAAGAUCUCGCUCGAGUCGAUCAAGCUGCUCGCGCCGUCGGGCAUCCUGCUGGCCGACACGCAGGCCUUCUUGUUUCUAGGCAUCCUGCUGGCGGGCACGCACGUCGGCGGCGUCAUCUCGUUCGGCCUGGGCGCGAUCUCCUUCACGCACGUGCUCAAGGCAACCGAGCCGGCGCUUUUCUUCCGCGACUUUCUGCCGCUGCCCGUGUACGCCUCCCUGGUGCCAAUCAUCGCCGGCGUCAGCCUCGCUUCGCUCAAGGAGCUCAGCAUAUCUCCCCAUAUCUCCCCAUAUCUCACCAUAUCUCACCAUGUGACGUCCGCCGCCAAGGCCAUCCUCUCCAAGAAGGUGCUCGACGGGAAGUCGCUCGGGGAGAACCUCACGCCCGCAAACAUGUUCGCCGCCUCGGCGGCGUGGUCGGCCGCGCUCGCCGCCGGCUACACGACGCCCUACCUGCUCAAGCUGCUCGCCUGCUCGGGCUUCCUCUACUACAUCUACAACGAGGUGGCCUUCCUCGCGCUCGCCGAGGUUGCGCCCGUCACCCACGCCGUCACAAACACCGUCAAGCGCGUCGUCAUCAUCCUCGCUUCGAUCCUCGUCUUCAAGACCACGAUCACGCCGCUCGGCGCCGCGGGGUCGGCGAUAACCGUCGCGGGCGCGCUGCUGUACGCGCUGGCCAAGAACAAGUACAAGUAG